AUGGACAUGGACGAAGACACGGAUCCCGCCGAACCUCCAACCGGGACCCCUAACCACCCCAUCGAUAUUUCUGAUGGAUCAUCCUUCCAUGGAUCACCUUACCGUGGUCCAGACAGUUACCAGGUGAGGUUCGCCCAAUAUGAUUGGGUGUUUACCCCUUCUUACCACUCCUCGCCUCAUCAGCAGCAGCAACAGCAGGAGGAUCCCUCUGAGGAUUCUUGUUUUGUAGCAGUCACUCCACCGCCACCACCACCAGUUCAGCAGCCGCCUCCGGAGCCACUGAGGCGAAGAAGAUCGAACGCACGGAUGUCCAUGCGAGGAGGAGUGCGUAUCAGCACCCCCCAACCUUCAAGUGGCAGCCACUACCCGCCACUCCAUGAAGACCCGCAGAUGGGAGGGCCUUUAUACCCCGUCUCGGAGGUAGACUUCGCGCCUGUAGCACCACCACCGUUGGGUUUUGGUAACCCGAUUCCUGCAUAUGCCGGCUCAGCGGCGUAUAAUCCCUUUGACCAGCCGGCCCACACCAACUACAAUUAUGCAGAGGUUGACCCAUACCAAGCAGCAUGGGAUUACAAUGCUCUCCACCCUGAAGGGCCCUAUGGAGCUCCCUGGGGAGUUGGAUACCCAGCUUAUGGGUACCAACAACCGCCACCUCCUCAACCUCCACAUCAGCAGCCGCCACAGCCGCAAUUGAUACCGCCAGAACGACAACAGGAGGUUCUCGAAAGGUUGAGCCAGGUUGAGCGGGAAGUUCAAGCAGAGCGCAGGAACAACCGCGGAUUCUUUAGAGGUUUGGCAAGCCUAAUCAAGGGGAAGACCAAGGGAAGGGAUUUUUGA